UCGUGUUGACGAUAAUUGGUAGCUGCAAGGCAUUUUCGCGAAUAACGAAACGCAGUUAAGUCCUCUAUGAGACUUUGGUGAACAAGGAGUCGCCGGAAAAGUAGUAUCAAACCGUAGCUUUUUACCUUUUAAUUUGCUCUCGAAUUGUGUAUGUGGAGCUCUUCACAUUUCCUUCAAUAUCUACCAAACUCAUAAAAAAUGCCUUCAAUAGAAGAGUUUUCACACCUUAAAAUUUCCCUAGAAGCUAUAAAAUUGGCAACCAAUAACUUUGGUGAGAGCAGCAAUAUCGGUCGAGGUGGAUUUGGCAAAGUGUAUAAAGGAGAGCUUCUUCUCUUGGGUGAGAAGGUUAUGGUUGCAGCCAAGCGCUUAGAUAGAAAAUUUGGACAAGGGACCCCUGAGUUUUGGAAAGAGAUCAUGAUGCUUUCUCGCUACAGACAUGAAAAUCUGGUCACUCUCUUGGGCUUUUGUGAUGAGGAUGGUGAAAAUAUCCUUGUGUAUGAUUAUCUACCGAAUCAAAGUCUCGACAAAUACCUUAGUAGCUCUAAUAUGUCAUGGAUCCAACGCCUAAACAUAUGCAUUGGGGCAGCUUGUGGGCUAGAGUAUCUUCAGAAUCCGGAUGAGACUACACAAAGAGUGCUACACCGUGAUAUUAAAAGCUCCAACAUACUCUUAGAUAAAAGUUGGAAUGCCAAAAUUUCAGAUUUUGGUCUUUCCAAACUCGGACCUGCUAACCAAGAAUUCACAUUUGUUAUCACCCAUGCAGUAGGGACUCCUGGGUAUUGUGAUCCACUUUACGGGGAUACUGGAUUCUUGACAAAAGAAUCUGAUGUCUAUUCCUUUGGGGUGGUUUUAUUCGAAGUCUUGUGUGGAAGGCUUUCCGUAGCGAAUUACAAUGACAAUCGCCGGUUUUUGCCGAAACUGGCACAAAGCUGCUAUGAAGAAAAGAAGCUGCAGACAAUUGUACUUGAUUGUCUACAAGAGCAAAUAUUCCCAGAUUGUUUGGAAAUAUUCUCCAGAAUUGCAUAUCAAUGUCUUCGAAGAGAUCGUAAUGAACGUCCACUGGUAGCUGAGAUAGUAAAACAACUUAAAGAUGCCCUUAAAUGUCAAGUCUUUUAUCCCGGUUUUGCAAAUACAAUAUUGUUCGGAUCCGUUUUAAAUCCAAAGAAAAAUAUGGCUGGUUGGAAAUCUCACUGGUCUUGGAAAGCACGAGCUUCAGGCCUUACAAAAUUGGGAAGACACAUUCACAAUUAAGUAUGUUAUUAUUGGGGAUGGAUUCAUUUUAAGGCUAUUGGUGGCAGGUACCACAAGGAACACUGACCCACUUAGGCCACCCGUGGCCCUUGAAAAAUCGACCACCACCGGUCUUGGCAACCAGUUUUUUUCUCUUCUCUCCUAGCCGGCUUCUUUUACAUUCCUCUUGUAGCUUUUGCGUUAGGUGUCAAUUGUUCUUGAUAACUUAGAAAAUUAUUUUAUCUCUUGGUGUUAGUUUUUGUUAAACAUUAGUAAACAAGAAUUGCAACAAACACCUCACAAUUAAUUAUGUAACUUUUGUUUAUUGGAAAAUUUCAUAAAAUUCUUUAUAUUUUGGAUUCAUAAUAUACCUUUUAUUUAAUUAA